AUGGCCUCGAUAAAAACCCUCUUUCAGCUUUCCUCGCAGCCAACAUGGUUCGAGAACAUUUGCAUCCGACCCAACGGCACCAUCUUGGCAACACGUCUCGACGUCCCUGAAGUCUGGGCCAUUGAUCCUGCCACUUCCUCCGGCUCUUCCUUGUUUCGAAUUCCACUCUCCAAAGAUGUCCCUUCGCAGGCACUCACCGGUAUCUGCGCCCUGCGUCCAGAUGUGUUUGCCAUCGGCGCUGGCAUCUACGACAUGGCGGGCGGCACAGGAGCCAAGGCAGGUAGUUUCAGUGUGUGGCUCGCAGACUUGACGGGUCAGGAGCCCAAGGUUACCAAAGUGACCGACAUACCUGAGAUUGCCAUGAUCAAUGGCAUGGCAACGUGGGAUGAGAAUACGGCCCUUGUUACAGAUUGUUUGAAGGGCAAGGUGUACAGGCUCGACGUCACAUCUGGCACGUACAAUAUUGCACUAGAAGAUGAGACUAUGGAGAUACCUGCCGGUGCACCCUUUCAAGUUGGCAUCAACGGCCUCAAAGUCCAUCGCACGACCGAGCAGAUCCACGUUUACUACACCACUACGACCCGGUACUCGGUGUACCGCAUGCCCGUCACACAAGAACUAAAGCCUGCAGGUCCCGUGGAGACGCUUGCUUCAGGAGUCGUCCCUGAUGACCUCAUCGUGGCACAAGAUGGAACUGUCUACGUGUGCACCAAUGUCACAAACACCGUGGCGCGGAUUCCACCAGGUGGAGGAGGCGUGGUGACAGUCGCAGGAGAGGCAAAGGCUAUGACACUUGCGGGAUCAACGGCGUGUGUGUUUGGCGAAGGAGAAAAGAUGGCAAGACUGAGCCAGCCAAAGUUGUAG